AGAGAGCGCAACCGAGCCCCAGGCGGAGCCGGAGCCCGAACCCCGCGGCCGCACCUCCCUCGCCGUCCGUGCCCAGAAUCUCGCACUGCCGCCGCCCUGCCGCCCCCGCCGGCCGCGCCAUGACCCGGGCAUGAGCCUGCCCCGCUGCCCGCCGAGCAAACGCCCCCGGCCCGGGCCUCGACGCCCAGCAGGCGCCUGGCGCAGGAGCUGCUAGAACAAUGCUGAGGCGGGUGAGGUGAGGAGGUGAACAGCGGCCCCCGACGGACAGGUGAUCCCUGGGAGCCCGAGGCAGAACUGGAGCCCGGGCCACCUGGGUCCCCUCCCCUCCCCUGGGCCAACCGGGCACCCCAGAGCCGGAGAGGCAACCAUGGCGACCAAUUUCAAUGAUAUCGUCAAACAAGGCUACGUGAAGAUGAAGAGCAGGAAGCUGGGGAUCUACCGGAGGUGCUGGCUGGUGUUCCGGAAGUCCUCCAGCAAGGGACCCCAGCGGCUAGAAAAGUAUCCAGAUGAAAAGUCAGUGUGUCUCCGAGGCUGCCCCAAGGUGACUGAGAUCAGCAACGUCAAGUGUGUCACGAGGCUCCCCAAGGAGACCAAGAGGCAGGCAGUGGCCAUCAUAUUCACUGACGACUCGGCGCGUACCUUCACCUGUGACUCAGAGCUGGAGGCUGAGGAAUGGUAUAAGACGCUGUCUGUGGAGUGUUUGGGGUCCCGGCUCAAUGAUAUCAGUCUGGGAGAGCCCGACCUCCUGGCCCCAGGGGUGCAGUGUGAGCAGACAGACCGCUUCAAUGUCUUCCUGCUGCCCUGCCCCAACUUGGAUGUGUACGGCGAGUGCAAGCUGCAGAUCACACACGAGAACAUCUACCUCUGGGACAUACACAACCCCCGCGUGAAGCUCGUCUCGUGGCCGCUCUGCUCACUGCGCCGCUAUGGCCGGGAUGCCACACGGUUCACCUUUGAGGCCGGCCGGAUGUGUGAUGCCGGGGAAGGGCUCUACACCUUCCAGACGCAGGAGGGGGAGCAGAUCUACCAGCGGGUGCACAGCGCCACCCUUGCCAUUGCUGAGCAGCACAAGAGGGUCCUGCUGGAGAUGGAGAAGAACGUGAGGAUGCUGAACAAGGGCACAGAGCAUUACUCGUACCCCUGUACGCCCACCACCAUGCUGCCCCGCAGCGCCUACUGGCACCACAUCACGGGUUCCCAGAACAUCGCCGAGUCCUCCAGCUAUGCCGGUGGGUUGCUGGCGAGCCCUGCACCCUGGGGAGAACGGGGCCUGCUUGCCCAAGAUUCUGCUGACUUGGAUCCGAGUUCUGAGCCUGCUUCUAUGCCCAUAGGUGAGGGGUACGGGGCGGCCCAGGCCAGUUCCGAAACGGACCUCCUCAACAGAUUCAUCCUGCUAAAGCCAAAGUCUGGCCAGGGGGACAGCAGUGAGGCCAAGACCCCAUCCCAGUGACGGCAGGGCUGGCACGCACCGACGACUGCUGGGCGGCCCACCUCAGGGCCAGUCUCAAGGGACUGUUAGCCAAGAGCCUGACAGGAGGGAGCAAGCUCUUCCCUGUUUGCCCCCCCGAGAAGGGUGAGGCUGGGCCAAGGCAAGGGGCUGGCCAUACCAUCUGAGCAUGUGUGAGGGGCUGGAGCUCCAUGGGACUAUAUACUGUUAAUGAUUUUAAUAUAUAUGGCUUAUGACAUAUUCUAUAUUAAUGAAAUUUCUCCCUCUGUCCCUUCCUGCCAACACAUACAAGUUUUUUAAUCCCGUGACCAGGCCACGGUCAAGGCUAUUGUCGAGCAGUAAGACAGCAGUUAUCCUGUCCUGUCCAGGGCUGGAGGGAACAAUCAGAACUCAAGGCUGGCGCUGAUGGCUGGCUUCUCCCAUGCAGCUCAGGGGCCAGGAUGGCAGUUGGCCUCUCCACUCCUCGGGCUUAGAGUGGCACAGAGAGGACCUCAAAUUCCAUUGUGCUGCUGGGCAGCCUUGUACUUGGGAGUUUUAAGCAGAGGCAGCAUCUGCUUGGAAAUGUGAGUUCAGUGUAGACUCCUCCCUGUGGUGCAGGCUGAAAAGGUGCCCUGGGGUAGGGGCUGGUACUUAUCCUGUCCCUGGGGGGCAGGGAGGGCACCCCAACACUUGGUCCUGGGUGUGGCCGCCCUGUGGCCACCCAGAAGCACUCAGAAACCAGCCCUUCCCCUGCCCUCCCCUUAUGGUGCUGAGGCUCCCUGCUGAGAUGCAAUUAAAGCAAUUGAUUUUCUAGUGCUGGUAUUUAUUGACUACCGA